GCCGCGCGGUGGGAGUGCGGGGAGGAGAGGCGGGAGCUCCAUUUCCGGGUCAGGUCCUCUCCCGCCGGCCCGGGCUUUCUCUUCUCCAUGGCCAGUGGCAGCGGCGCGGGUGCGGCGGCCUCGGCCAACCUGAACGCAGUGAGGGAGACCAUGGACGUUCUGCUUGAGAUUUCAAGGAUUUUGAAUACCGGUUUAGAUAUGGAAACACUAUCUAUUUGUGUACGACUUUGUGAACAAGGAAUCAACCCUGAAGCUUUAUCGUCUGUUAUUAAGGAGCUUCGCAAGGGUACUGAAGCACUAAAGGCUGCCGAAAAUACAAGCUGACUUCUGGAAAAGUCCUUAACAGAUAUGUCAAGCUCUGCAAGACAAUUUGAAGAUUGCAUUGUAGUCAAGAUGUACAAAGAUAUUACUGGUUGCUGUGUAGAAAAUGUUUUCUUUUAAAAAGAAUUAUAAAGCCAUGACUGUGUAAAUCAGUGGGAGGUGGCUUAAGGGAGAGCUAACAGGCAUGUUUCCAUCACAGCCAUCUUUUGUUAUGCCCCCAAUUCCUUGGUGUUGCCGUGCUCCUAUUUAUGUAUUCCUUAUUUAUAGCUUUGCUAGCUGUAAUUUUCUAAACAGGAUCUAUCAGAUGUACACAGCUGCUGUGCCUGGUUGGAGUUGGUGGAACACAUCAGAGGUGAUGAAUAGCAGUUAUGACUUGUUGACAUUUCCAUUAUAAACCUUAAUUUUGAAUUGUUUAUGCAUAGUAACUGGCUAUGUGUUCCAUUGGGCUGGAAGUUGAUGGGAUUUCAGCUGCCAUUUGUGAACUUGGCUUUUUUUGUGUUUCACAUCUUGUUUUUUAAAAAAGGAUCAAAAAUAUGUCUUCUAAUCAUCUCAACAGAAUAUUAAUUUUUUAAGUAGUUUUUUUUUUGGCAGUUAACCUAACCCUAACCAAAAGUGUAAAGAUCAAUUUUUGUAUUAACUAAAACUUAGAACUUUUAGAAACUUAAAUUUUAAAAGUAAUGCCUGGGCUUGACUUAGCAUUAUCUGUAGUUUUGAACAUUUAAAUCUAAAGACGGUAGCUGAAAGUGCUUUUCUGUCUAAAUUUUAUACCCAAAUGCCUACAAAAUAAUCUAUAAAGUAAAAACAGCAAACAUGCAAAAAUUGCCUUUUAAUUUUAUUGCAUAAAAAUAAUAGGAAUGCUUACUUACUAUUUAAUCAUGAGUGGCUAUUUAAUCAGUAUAUAGGUGGUAUAUUUUAACAAAUUGGUAUUAUUUCCACGUGUUAAUAAAAGCUAAUGAAAUGUAUACUAGUAAUUAUGACUGCAGAAAAAUUUUGUGUGUCAUUUAUACCAUUAAAGUUUAAACUAAAUUAAAAAUAAAUUCAAAGACAUUUUUGAUGGUAUUGGUUCUGCUCCUGUUACAGAAUCUCAGUGGGAUAUUUUCACAAGCUUAAUAUGGGUUUAAUCUGAAUUUUUUUGUUUCUUAAAUUUUAAUUUUAGUUCUCUGACAUUUAAAUGAUAUACAAGCAUUCAUUUUUCUGUACCUUUUUUAUAGUUCAAACAAGUGGAAAUGGUUUUUAAAAGAUUUAAUAACCAAGUAGCUACCCUCUCUGCUUCCCUUAAACUAAUCUCAACUAUUGAUCAUUAUUCCCUGCUACCAGAAGACAGGGCAGAGGAACUGUGCAUCGCCGUCUGCCUUGGUCUAUAUAGGCAACAUAACGAGACAUGAUCUCAACAAACAAAAUCUGAGCUUGUAGCUGUUUUGACUUUAAAUGCAUGACAUCUUUACUAAGUAAAUUGAAAGGUCUAUGGUAGGCAGCUCUCCAAAGUUCUCUCCAAGAACUUGUGAGAAUCGUCUGCUUCCUGAUGCACGUAUUGCAUAUGAUUUAUAAAAUCAGAAAGUAGUUCCUCAAACUCCACAGUUUGUAUUUACUUCUAGGACAUAGAGUUGAUAGUUUUAUUUAUGAUGUUGUAGAUUAAGUUAUUUAUGUGUGAAACAAAGUAGAAAAAUAUAUUGAGAAAGGAUUAUGUAUAUAGAGAACAUGUUGUGUCUAUUGUUUAUAGAGAACUUUGUGUUACAUUUUUAAAUGUAAACUAUAUUUUAAUGAGCUCAUAAAAAUAUUUAAGAAACCAGUGGUACAAUAGCAGUAUCAUGCAUGUUGUCAGUGACAAAAAUAAAAUGAUUUUUGCAUUA